AUGCCAGGUGAAGCAAAUUUAUAUAGAGCAGAAUUUUUGAGUGUAGAGACACUCCGACCCCCCACGUACUUCACAUCCUUUGAUACAGCCGCACCCUGUCAUUUCUCCGUUGCAAAGACCGGAUCAAUUGCCGCUGCAGAAGACACUGUAUCGUAUGCCCCGAAAGGAUCGUCGUCUCUACCAACAGCAGGGUUUCUUGGGAUUCCAGCCGAGAAUGCCGUGACAUUUUGUGCGGCUUUGGUCUGCCGACCAUCAGCAGCAUCAAGGAACAGAAAAAGAACACAAAUGACUUUUUUGUUGCGGCAGCCAGUGAGGGUUCUGGGACUUCAAGGGUUCAAAACCGAUGCUUGCACCAGAAAGACAUCGGCCUUAGACUCUGCCGCAGAUGCGCCACCAGCAACACCAUCUGGUACGCCGAUGGCAGCAUCGGAGGAGCCAUGCAUGCUUUUGCUUGACAGGGUUUUCCGAUAUCAGGACGUAGAGGCCGCGGCGCAGUUGUUGCGGCACUGGGAGCAGCAGCGAGACACAUUGCUGCUUACCAGCUGGGAAAGCUGGGCUGCUGCAGUUAAGGUUUCAGUUCAACAGCUGCAGCAAGUAGUCCUCCUGGUUCACGGCGCUGCACCACCCGCCAAAGAGCAGCGUUGCACUCAACAGAAGCCGGAUGCUGCUGAUAUACGGGUUAAGCAGAGUGCCUCACACUCAGAUGCUGCUCCUUCUGACACAGAGGGAAACAAAAUGACCACCGGCAGCUAUAGCUGUGCCGGUGGAGUGUUGUCUGCUGCCGCCUAUGAAGUGCUGCUACAGCUGGUACGGUGUGAGGCCGCGUUAGUGUUAAAGGGCCCCCAAAGCCCCGAUUUGCUGCAUCUGCACCGCCCUCCGUCUGUUAAGGAAUGGGCCGCUGCUGCUGCUGCAGACACGGAAGCACAAGCCGCGGCAAAAGUGGCUGUGGCCAUUAGCCGGUCACCUGACCAGAGAAACACAGGCAUAUCCCUCGCAGCACCAUCAGAACAAAACAUACUAGGUGAAAAUGCAUCGCUAGAUAUACGCGCAUGGCGUGACCUCACGGCAACCGAGAGGCAACCACGCGCUGCACUUCAGGAGCAGUUGCGUGCACUGCAUUCCCUUGUGUCUUGGCAGCAGCAGCAUCUGGCGGCCUCUGCAGCCUCUGUUGUGCGACGCUUUCGGAGCACCACCUCAUCUUGGCAAGAAAAGCGGCUAGCAGCAGCUGGCACGUCAGAUGCAGCAGCUGCAACAACAGGAGUUCCCAAGACGGGGGAUCUCCUACUGGUGGCUUUAAGGCACGCACGCGAAGGUCUAAAAAAGCAUGCCCUCGACGCCGUGCACUCACGGCAUCUUGCUGCUACUGGUACAUCUGCAGCGGCAGAAUUUCACAGGCACUCAGGGAACCGCAGCACAAGGAGCAGCAGCAGCGGCGCAGUGCCCACGUGGGUGAUGUACUGGGGCUGGAUGCAACAUGGAAUGGUGCAAUGGAGCCGUAUGCAGCGUUUGCCUUACGAGAUUCCACAGAGCUGGUGGUCGACCGCCACGGCCUUGAGAAAGCUGCGCAACAAGCAGGAAGGCGCAGAGUUGCAGCAGCAAUUGCAGCAGCAGCAUCCCGAGCGUCAAUUCACUGCGAUGGGAAUGCAGCGUGAAGAACAGAACAUCAAGCAACAGUGCAAGGAGCUGUCCAUUACACCACAAAAACUGAGAGCGGUGCAGAUCGCCACCAGCAGGCCCAUCAGCACGGAAGCGGAAAUCAUGGGACGCACACCAGACAAAGGCACGCGCGACCGCGUAGGAGAGCUGUUGGUGGCUGAGGAUUCGACACAGGACCAGGACCAGCAGCAGGAGCUCCUGCACGCAGCAGCCGCGGAGGUUUGGAGGUUUGCUGCUGCCAAUUUGGAACCGGAAGAGUUUGAAGAAUUGCAAAAAGCAGCCUGCAGUCCCGUGGCACACGAGCUCUUUCACCGAGAUCCCCUGCUGCAAAAGUCUGUGCAGCGGUUGAAGGAGGCCGAGCUAAGUGAGCUAGUGCAGCAGCUACCGGAGGACAAACGAGCGAAUGCCACCGAGGAUUCGCACAUGCAGCAGCAGCUAUUGGUUAAUCAAAGUCAUCUUUUACGUAUUGUGCGGGAUGCUUGCUCAGAAUAA